AAAGGGAAGCACCCUCCCUCUCCAUCCUCCUGGGCCGGAGUGUGACACCCCCACAGCUCUGCAAGGGGAUGGGGGGGGCUUGCCCGGGGCCUCACUCCCGCCUGCUUGUGCCCUCUCCUAGACAGGCUUGCGAGGCAGGGACAGGCUGCUGCUGCCUAAGUUGUGCGGUGGGUGGCAGGUGUCUGUGCCCUCCGUCUGUGGGCCUCUGGUUGCCCCCUUCACAUCUCCUGCCCAGCCUCAUUCCCCUGAGGGCGACUGUGGUUUUGCUGUCUCAUAGGACACGACGUAAUGAAAUAGCCAGUCUGGGACUUCCCUUUCCUGCUGAGCCCAGACGCCCCGGUGCCUGGAGCAGACGGCGCUCAGCCCCUCCUGGAGCGAUGGACCCCUGCUGCGUCUGCCUCUGCCUCUGGGGCCUGCUCACAGGGGGUGCACUGUGGGGCGGCUGGGCAGAGCCCAUCUGGAACAUGCAUGUCCCCCCAUGGAUAACAGGGCUGAGAGGAGAUUCCAUUGUGCUGCCCUGCACCUUCACACACCCGCACCAUGACUACAUGGGUAAAAUCCAGGUGAUCUGGAAGCCCAAUAUUUUCCAAUGCCUAGUGAACAACCGCAGCACUGAGACCGGCAGCUUCGAGAACUGCACGACGGGUCAGGAGCCAAGUGGGCGCUACCGCCUGGCCGGGGACCCCCGGCGGCACAACCUCUCCUUGCACAUCGCAGGGCUGCGCUUCGAGGACAGCAGAGUGUACAAGUGCCGCGUGGUGCUCCUAGGUAUACGUGGAGGGGCCUACGAGCACAGCGCUGGGAUAACGCUCACCGUGGAAGCGCAACCCAGCAUCCUCAACCUCACGCUGUUCCCCGGGCCCCUCCCUGUGUGGCUGGCCUGCACGGCCGAGGGGAUCCCUGUGCCCAACAUCACAUGGCUGGGGCCGGCGGUGAGCGAGGUGGUGCAGUUGCAGGACUCCACUGGGUCCUGGAACCAGAUGACGCAGGUGGUGUCAGUGAGCCGGAACGGGACCUACACCUGCCGGGCGGAGAACGUGCAUGGCCGGGUUGAGAGCUCGGUGCUUGUGGGGCUCAAGGGACCCAAGGGGCCGCUCCUGCUGCUUACCAUCCUCCCAGCAGCCCUGUUCCUGCUCGCCGUCCUCCUGCUUGCUCUCUGCGGCCGAUGGAAAGGCUGUUGCCAGGUCCUGGGGAGGGAGCCGGCAGCCCGGGUGGGCUUCACCCAGGAUGCACCUUGCACAGGAGGAAGGGAGAGCGUGGGGAGAGCUCAGCCUGGUGAGGCCGAUACCUGCUCUCCCUGCCAGCCAGCUGCUCAUGCCAAUGGGCUGCCUCCUGCCCAGGCCCUGCCCCAGCCUGGGCCCAGCUCCCCUGUAAGGCAGCUGCCUGUGUCUCCAGCAGAGAACCCGGACAGCUGCACCUACGCAGAUCUGAUCUUCCCCAGCGCUGGGGCUGGCAGGAGAGGUCACCAGCCCGCAGCCCAGAGCCCCCCAGCGCCAGUAGAAGAGGUCACCUAUUCUGAGCUGAUGCCAUACAGGGGACCCAGGUGAACUGUCCAUCCCGGGACCCUCCCUGCCCCAUUCCCUCUGGAGUCACCGCACAAGGCACUGGAGCCUGGAGCAACCCACCUCAGCAAAACGACACUUGGCAGCCUUCCCCCGGGGCUGUGAGCGCAGCCGCCCUCCCUCCCUGACAUGUUCUUCUGUACCAGACACAGGCUAGCUACAGAGCUUGCUUCUACACCAGCUGUGUUCAGCAUCAGGUACCUUGCUCUGCCAUGGAUCGCUGAGGGUAGCUUCAAUAAGGUGUGAUACACACCGCUGCCUAUUGACCAGACAGGACGAUGCAGUUUAGCAUCCCCUCACAUCUCCCCCUUCGAGUUCCUUUGUUCCUCCCAUUUACCGUAGUUACAUGACCAUGCUGCCUGUGAGGCUCAGGACGGAUCAGUCUGUGAAGCGUCUCUGAAUCAUCCUGGUUCUCUAAUUCCACGACUCGAACGCAUGGUGGCUCCCUCGUCAGGCUGUCCAUUAGUUACAGUGAGUAACUGUGGCUGGUUUGGAAUCCUUGUGUCGUCUUGUUCUGCAUCCGCCAUCCGCUGAAUCUGCUCUGUCGAUUGUUCUUUCUGCAGAACUAACUGCAGCUGUUGACGGUGCCCGUUGAACUCUGCACUUGGGGCUUGGUCUCACAUGAGCUGGGCACUGAAUUCUUUGUCUUUACAGCAACUGGAGUUGCCCAUCCAUUUUCUCCAUCCAGUAUGACAUGGACACAGCCACUAGGUGCUAGGCCCGGCAACUCUGUAACUGAAUGAUGUGUGUUGUAAAAGUGUUCGUAAGAUCUUCUAGCCUUUUUAGCCUGCUCUCUGCAUGUCUGGUCACUUUGGAGAUAGAUCCCCCUGGAGAAAGCUGGAACAGUCGUUCUGAGUUGUGUUCCUAUCAGGAGUUGUGCUACACCAUACCCAGUAGCUGCUCUUGGUAUUGAUCUGUAACUCAGUGGACCAAGGAGUGGAUCUUUCUGCUGCAGGAUUUUCUUGGCUGUCUGCACGGCUCUCUCAGCCUCUCCACUCGCUUGUGGGGCAUGUGGGCUGCUACUAACAAGAUAAAAACCCUAGUUUAUUCCAAAUGACUUAAAUCUUGCUGCAAUCAAGAGCUGUUGUUUCUGGGAUCUGUCCCUUGUGAUGACACCACACCUGCCUGGAGAGUGAACCUGAAUAUUCCUGGCAAGACUAUUGACUUUUAAAGUGACUCAGGAGCUGAUUUCAAAGUCCUCUGUUUGUCACUGGUUGUUCUGGAAUAUCGAAUGAGCACAAGUGCACUUCAGUGUCAGUAACCCUGUGACACGUUACGUCUGUCAAGUACAUUAUCUCCAUACACGUGGAGAAACAGGCCGCUAUGACGAGAUAGUGAUGUCCUCUGAACUUGCAUAAAUACACAGCUAGUCUCUUCCAAGGUCUCUCGGGUAGGGAUGUUUGUACACUGUGUGGUUCAGCAUUGUCUCUUAGAGGUGAUUUGUACUGGGUCUCCUUUCAAAAGUCCAACAUCACCAAAUAUUCCAUCGAGUGCUUCCACCUUUCUCACUAGGCCCAUCAUGGCUGCCACACUGUGGCUGAGAAGGUUGUUGGUCUUUGAUCCUUUGACCAUAUGCACGGUGAAUGCAGAGCCUUUGUCUCUAAGAUGAACUGGCCUAUGCACUUCAGAACACCUCCAGGGCUAGUCAGAGCUGGGCCAGGUGAGGUCAGCUCAGGGAGGGGUUGAAGGUGUAUGUCCCUUCUCAGAGGACUGUGACAUCAGCUCCUGAGUCACUUUAAAAGUCAAUAAUCUUGCCAGGAAUAUUCAGGUUCACUCUCCAGGCAGGUGCGGUGUCAUCACAAGUGACAGAUCCCAGAAACAACAGCUCUUGAUUGCUGGUAAUACCAGCCAAUUCCCUGACUGCUUUGGUGCAGCCAACAACUGCAGAAUGUCCAUAUUUCAUGCAUUUAUUACACUGUGUGCCUAUGGCUGGACAUGCCUUAUCUCUUGGGAUAUGAUGUUUUCCACCCCUUCUGCACAUAGGCUGGAAUUUGUUCCUCUUAGCCAGGUAGGUCUCUCUCCUUGCCUUGUGGGGGUUUAUAAUAACUUUUAACAUUGAAGUGCUUUUUAUAGCUUUUAAGCUAGUUUCCGGUUUUUCAAGUCGCUCCUGCCUUUUGUUCUGUUGUUGGACUAGUUCAGACUGCUUUGUUAUCUGUACAGCUGUGUGUAGGGUUAAAUCUCUGUUCAGCUGUAGAUGCUGUGAAAGGUUUUUAUCUGUUAACCCAAUAACCAGCUUGUCUCUGAUAUUUUCAUGUUUUAUUUUUCCCAAAUCCGAGUUUUCAGCCAAUGCGUGCAGAGCUCUUAUAAAACAGUCAACAUUUCCCCCUGUUCCUUGAAGUCAGUGGUGAAAACAUGAUCUUUCAUAAACCACAUUUCUCUGAGGUAAAAAGUAUGAAUCAAACAUAGCCAGAACCUUUUUAUAGUCAUCUUUGUGACUGUCUUCAGUAAAGUCAAAGGAUUUAAAGAUGUCCUUUGCAGGCUUCCUCAGAGCAUACAUUUAAAAAGAUGCCUGUAUAUCGUCAGUGUUUUUGUGGAGUUUGUUUGCAGUUCAAAAUCUUGCAAUAUAUUGCAUCCAGUCUGACCAUUGGGAAGGUUUGUCAAAGCUGAAGUUCUGCAGCACUGAAAAGUGGCAUGUUGAUGAGAUCCUGCAACCUUUGUUUCUGUUCUUAGUUUACUCCCAACACCAUGCCAUGUUCCUCUGUGCCAGAUACCAGCUGGUGACAGAGCUUGCUAAUAGACCAGCUGCGUUCCUCAUGCCAGAUAGGGCUGGGGAGCAUUUAAAUAAGGUAUUAUAUACACAGCACCACCUGGUGGCUGAACACUGUAAUGCAGUUUAGCACCCUAUUUAACUCCUAUGACCCCAAACACCCUUGCAUUCACACCCUACACACCACUGUGACCAUCUGUGUACGACAUAUACCUUGGGGGCAUCAUCUGAAAACUAAUAACCCGCCGGUCAAUAACAUCAUGGAGAAAUGUUUGUAGCACCAGUGUAUGUAAAGUCAUGAAUUCCCUCUGUACAGUGUUAUUAGCACGUGUUCAAAACAGGCAGCCCUGCCAAGGCAAAGGUUGUCAAACAAGCCUAUCCCCAGCAAAGGAAUGUGUGUUUACCUCCAUUUACAUAUGUAGUGAACAGGGUCUUCCAGACAGAAGGGGGAGGAGAGGGCUGGGAAUGGAACAAUCUGCAUUUCAGCAAACUCAAGUAAGGGAAGAAAUAGUCCAGAGCUCCCUUCCCCACCACGCUCCAUGUCGCCUUCCUCACAGCUUGCAUAAACUUUACUUUGAGGAUGACCGGCAGAAGAAUCCACUUCAAAGGUUCACUGAACGAUAAAAGCAAGAGGCAGAGAACCCCCAGUUCUCUCUCUUUCACCUAAGAAGACAAAGGCCCCAGCACCUUUGGUCUCCUGGGAGAGAUCCGGCCGGAGGAGUGGGCCCGUCACCAUCUUGCUGGAAGAUGGGGGGGGGAGAAGACUAGCUUAAACAAAGCCUGGAACCAAAACUUGCUAGGUUACGUUUCAGACUUUCAGGUGAAUGUUUUCACUUUUAUUUGCUGGUAACUUUAGCUCUUAUACUUGAAUUCACUUCAAAUCCUGUCUUCUUUUGUUUUGUUUUGAAUCCAAACCAACUCGGUGCUGUGUUUGAACUGAACUGUUCGGUAGCUCCAUUAAACUAAUAAACUGCUGAAUAUUGACUCCUUA